UGGGGGCAGUGCUGCGGAUUUAAGGCCGGAAUAAAGAGCCGCUGCUCGGACUGCACUGAGAGCUGCUCGCUAGCCUUUGUUUGCUAACGCUGUUCUGAGCGAUAGUACACUUCUCCAUCAUGUCUAAUAAAUUAAACGCGCUGUUCAGCGACUCCUAUAUCGAUGUCAGUCAGUACAGAGACCAACAUUUCAAGGGUAAUCGAUAUGAGCAGGAGAAGCUUCUAAAGCAGAGCAACACGCUUUAUGUUGGAAAUCUUUCGUUCUACACGACCGAGGAGCAAGUUUAUGAGCUGUUCUCCAAAAGUGGAGAUGUGAAAAGGAUUGUGAUCGGCCUCGACAAGGUCAAGAAAACAGCGUGUGGGUUUUGUUUUGUGGAGUACUACAUACGAGCAGGUGCUGAGCAUGCAAUGAGGUUUAUUAAUGGAACCAGGCUGGAUGAUAGGAUCAUAAGAACUGAUUGGGACGCUGGCUUCAAGGAGGGACGACAGUAUGGCCGUGGCAAAUCUGGAGGCCAGGUCAGAGAUGAAUACAGACAGGACUACGAUCCCGCACGAGGUGGAUACGGCAAAUUAGCCCAGCUACAGAGAACUACAGAAGUACCUCUUAAAUUUUAGUGUUAGGAUUCAUGAUUAGCAGGCACGUGUCUAGGCGCAAAAGAUUUUAAAAAAAUCUAAUGUACAUAUUGAAGUAAAUUCUUUUGAGCUAAAACUGUUCAUUUGGAGAUGUGAUGCCUACAAUGAGUGUUAAAAUUUCACCAGAUUUUUUCCAUUUCAUUUUUCUAAUAAAUGUUGAGGUAUAUUACCUUUUUA